AUGAGAAGCCGAUCAAGCUCAAGAUUACGAGAGAACUUCAAAACGAAGUUCACAAACACAGCAUCUGCGCCACUUCAGAUUGAUGAAGACAAUGAUUUUUUCGAUCCACCACUGUUAGAUUCUCUUGGGAUGGGGCGGUUCAUCGGAAGGGAAGAUGAUGAACAUGAAGAUGUUAGUACUGAUACAGAUAUGGAGUUGGAAACGGUUGAGAGAGAAUUUGCAGAUGAGGAGAAAAACGCACAACAUGAAAAAUUUGGACAAGUUUCAGGGUCAAAUAAAAGUCCUAUUACACCAUCUGGGACAAAAGAGAAUGUAGAAAACAUUGGGCAACAUAAGGAAGGGAAAGACAUUGCAUAUGCCUACAUGACGCCUAUGGGUGAAAAUGAUGAAGAAUGGGGCAAUAUAAAAGAAUUGAGUAGUUCACAAGUCUAUAAACUGCCUGGAGUUGUAGAUGAAGUAUUGGAUAUGAUGGAUAAAGCAUCAAGUGAGAAGAGGGAUCUGAUGUUGGAGAUUACAAUGAGGGGUUGA